GGUUGUAGAUUACAUUUCAUUGUGAAGCAGAUUCCAAAUUAUUUGUUCUUUUAGUUAUUAAUUAUUAGAGUUACUUGUUCUAUUCGAUUAGUUAUUAAUACGUAUCUUUAUCAGAAUACUUUUAUCAUGAAAAGACUGUUCUUUUUUAAAAACUGAUGAAGCCAACAUAAUUACCUGCAUACAGUAAUACAUGCGUGAGUUUUAAUAUUUUCAUAAACAGAUGUACUGGCAUUAAAAGUAAAAAAAAAAAAAAAUAGAAGACCCAAUUAAUUCCUUACGUAAAGUAACUAAACUUUACGUAACUUCUUUAGUAACUGUUAUCAAUGAUCUUGUAACCUUCGGCAAAAUUUCAUAAUAAGUGAGGAGAUACCGUUUAAAAUAUCAUUUAAAGUGCUGCAAUUAUCCAUUGACGUACUGACAUCAAUUAUACAUUGACUUAUUUCAUUAUCUAAUCGCUAAUGGCACUUAUAAGUAUUGCUUUGCACGUAUCUUUCGGAUAGUGUUACGAUCAUUCCGGCGACAUUUGUUAGCGAGGAAAAAAAAGAAACAGAAACCAGAACCGUUCUUAGUAACAACGCGGCGGCGGUUACCAUGAAUACCAAGCAGCCAUUUAAGAACGUGCCUGAUACAAAAAUGACAAAAAUAGCUAUCAAAAUCCGUUUAUUUUCGCAACCAAAGUUUACUCACGAUCUUCAAAUUUAAUAAAAUCAAAUAACACGUGCGGCGGCAUAAAAAAACAGUGGAAGCGUUUUCGCUUGCUCGAUCGCUUUUGUUUCUCCUUUUUUGUGGAUUUCGUUGAGUUGCACUCGAACGGCUCGAUAUGGCGCGGUCCGAUUUCAACGAGAUAAAAGUCAUUGACGACACGAUGGACGACAUGGAGAUAAUACGAAACAUAAUUAACACGGAGUACCAAGACAAACCAUUCUACAUCGCGGAUAUCGGUAGCGUGAUCAAGAGACACGAUGAAUGGAUCGCCAAGAUGCCCCGAGUUAUCCCGCACUUUGCGCUUAAAUGCAAUCCGGAUCUGACAGUGAUUAAAGUUUUGGCGGCUUUGGGCGCUUGUUUCGACUGCGCGUCUGAGCAAGAGAUCAAGCUAGUGAUGCAGCACGGGGUGCAUGGCGAUCGAAUCAUCUUCGCACACCCGACCAAGUAUCCGUCUCACAUAGCUUACGCAAAGAAAGUGGGGGUCAAGCAAAUGACGGUGGACAGUGAAGCCGAGCUGUUCAAGAUCAAGGAUAUCUUUCCCGACGCCAAAAUCGUCAUACGUAUACGCUGCGACGCCAAAGUCACGCAGGUGGUGUUGGGCUUGAAAUUUGGCUGCGAGCCGAACGACGAAGCCGUGCACCUGAUACGACUCACCAAGGAUCUCGGCCUGAACCUGUACGGCUUCAGCUUCCACGUCGGCAGCCCGUGUGGCGAGCUGGAAGCUUACAGCCGCGGUAUUGCGAUAUGCAAACAAUUAAUUGCUACCUCCCAAAGUAUCGGCUGCGAAAAUGUGCAGCUGAUCGACAUCGGCGGCGGAUUCCCGGGCGAGACUGAAACGGACGUCGACGAGUUUGCGAGUAUCAUCAAUGAGGCGAUACAGGACCUCGAUCCUACCAUAAGAGUUAUCAGCGAACCGGGAAGUUACUAUGUAACUUCCAGCUUCACUCUGACCACAUAUCUGCACUCGAAGCGAGUCAUUCUGCGAGACGGUGAAAGGAUGAGAAUGUACUACAUAAACUGCGGGGUAUUCCAUUCCUUCGUGGAGGAGCUGUUGGGUUUAAAGGAGCGUAUCCCGCAAUUAUUGUUCGAGCCAUUGGACGACGAGAAGUUCUGCUCAAGCUUAUGGGGCCCGACCGCGGACUCUUACGAUUUAAUAAUGAAGGAUGUAUUGCUGCCCGAACUUCAUAUCGGCGACUGGUUGAUCUGGAAGGACAUGGGCGCCUACUCCAUUGCCCUCGCCACAACGUUCAACGGAUAUCGAGCUCCAAUUGUGAUUCCGAUCAUCAGGAAAAGUGAAUGGAAGAAUUUCAAAAAGCGAAUUACUGUGGAGGAGCCUUUCUGUUCCAUGGAAAUCCGUCAAGUUGUACGAAUCAAUGGAAAAGCGGAAGAAGGCUGUUCAACGUAGUUCGCGAGUUUCUAGAAAAAACAAAAUAGAGCGUAUUGUGAAUUUAUGUAGAUUAGAUUUCGCGACGUAUGUACGUAAAUAAGUCCAAGAUUGCACAAUGCUCACAUGUUUACUCGAUAUAUGUAAACGCGUGUUAAUGUGUAGAAAUUAUGGUAUAUGUUACGUUAAUACAUGGAAGUUAGAGUUUCAGGGGAACGCUUAUCAUUCGGCCACCGAAAUUUCGACAGUCCUCUUGCAACACAAUGUUUAUAAAUUCUCUAAGAAGUCGAGAGAGAAAGAAAGAAAGAAAGAAAGAGAUCUUACGAUCUCGUAAGAGAUGUUAUUAUACAAGACAGAUAGCAUAUUC